AUCUCACAGCGAGAGAACAGGAAGCGCUAACGCGUCAGGCCCUGCUGGACGGACGCAAGAAGAAACCUUCACACCGGGAAGGCGCAGGAACCACUGCUGAAGGUGAGGGAGGAACAUCAACUGCACCAUUGGGAGAAGAAGACGACGCGGACUUUUUAACCGAGGCCUUUCGUCAGCGGUGUCGUGAGGAAAGCGAGCAUUUGUACGGCCGAGCAAAGGAAGACGAGAAAGCGCACUUAAACACUCUAGAGGAAGUUAUCUUCUUUGAUCCGAGGACAGAGCUAGC